AUGAAGAUUAAAAAGGAAAAAGGAAGUGGUGAAAGUAAUGUCCCGGUGGUUGAUGGUGGCUGGGGAUGGAUCGUUGUUCUUGGCUCAUUUUUCAUCCAUGUUUUCGCCGAUGGUAUCGUUUAUUCAUUUGGCAUUCUUCUCCAAAUUAUCAUGAAGGAAUUUGGUGCAAGCAAUGCUAAAGCAUCGGUGAUAAUUUCAUUAUUAACGGGUUUAACUCUUGGAGUAGGUCCUAUAGCAAGUGCAAUAACAAAUAAAUUUGGAUGUCGGGUGACAACAAUUCUAGGAUCACUGAUUGCAGCAAUUGGCUGUGCUGCAUCAUAUUUUGCAACUUCAGUGGAAUAUCUGAUGGGUUCAGUUGGUUGUGUGAUGGGUUUGGGAUUCGGUUUGAUGUAUUGUCCGGCUAUUGUCAUUGUUACAAUGUAUUUCGAAAAGAAAAGAUUCGUUUACUUCAUUUGA